CCCGCGCAAGGUGCUGCUCGCGUUUCCCCCAGCGGCUGAUGUUGGUAGUGCAGCCUCGGUGGGUUCAGGGGGCCGGGCAAGUCGGGCAGGAGCUGCAGACACUCGCACAGACGUUGGGACCUUCAGUUUGGUUGACGUGUGACUGGGAGAGAGCGGAACCAUGGAGAUGCUCAAGUUAUGGGGACUGGAUGGGUGCACGGUGACCUUCGCUCUUGUUGCCGGGUUCCUGGGCCUUGUCUACUGGUACUCCGUGUCUGCAUUCUCACAGCUGGAGAAAGUUGGGAUAAAGCAUCCAAAGCCUCUGCCCUUCAUUGGUAACGUCAUGCUCUUCCAAAAGGGAUUUUGGGAAGGAGACCGACAUCUUCUAAAAACGUAUGGUCCCAUUUGUGGAUAUUACAUGGGGAGGCGCCCGAUGAUUGUCAUAGCGGAACCAGAUGCCAUUAAACAGGUUCUGCAGAAAGAUUUUGUCAACUUCACUAACCGAAUGAAAUUCAAUUUGGCGACCAAGCCCAUGAGUGACAGUCUGCUGUGUCUCCGAGAUGACAAGUGGAAGCGCGUGCGCAGUGUGCUGACUCCAUCUUUCAGUGCCAUACGAAUGAAAGAGAUGUGCCCCCUAAUAAACCAAUGCUGUGAUGUUUUAGUGGAUAAUCUGCAGGAGUACGCCAGCUCUGGAGAGGCAUGUAAUGUGCAGAGAUGCUAUGCCUGCUUUACCAUGGAUGUGGUUGCCAGUGUGGCGUUUGGCACUCAGGUGGAUUCUCAGAAAGACCCCGAACAUCCCUUAGUUCAGAACUGCAAAAGGUUCCUGGAACAAUUUACCCCUUUCAAACCCCUGGUCCUACUGUGCUUGGCAUUUCCGUCUAUCAUGAUCCCCAUCGCCCGACGGCUUCCCAAUAAACAGCGAGACCGAAUAAACAGCUUCUUCCUCAAGGUCAUUAGGGACAUCAUCGCUUUCCGAGAGAAUCAGCCGCCUAACGAGAGACGCCGCGACUUCCUGCAGCUCAUGUUGGAUGCUCGGGACUCGGCCGGCCACGUGACGGUGGAUCACUUUGACAUAGUCAACCAAGCAGAUCUCUCGGUACCACGGAACAGCCCCUUGGAGAAGCAGGACCGGGGUCAGGAUUCACCCAGAAAAUCCACCAAAAAGCUGAACGAAGAGGAGAUACUGGGACAGGCCUUCAUCUUCCUCAUCGCCGGAUACGAGACCACUUGCAGCCUACUCUCGUUCGCCUCCUACCUGUUGGCCACUCACCCGGAAUGUCAGAAGAAGCUGCUCAGGGAGGUGGAUGAGUUCGGCCGAGAGCAUAAAGAAGCCGACUACAAUACGGUGCAUGAGCUGCCCUAUAUGGAAAUGGUGAUCAAUGAGACCCUGCGUAUGUACCCGCCCGCAUACAGGUUUGCCAGGGAAGCUGCCCGGGAUUGCACCGUGAUGGGGCUGAAUAUCCCAGCUGGGGCUGUGGUGGAAAUUCCCAUUGGGUGCCUGCAGAACGAUCCGCGAUUUUGGCACGAGCCCGAGAAAUUUAAUCCUGAAAGAUUUACAGCAGAAGAAAAGCAGAAGCGCCACCCGUUUCUGUUCCUCCCGUUUGGAGCCGGGCCCCGGAGCUGCAUUGGGAUGAGACUCGCCCUACUGGAAGCCAAGAUCACCCUGUACCGAAUCUUGAAGAAUUUCCGCUUCCAGACAUGUGACCUUACACAGAUCCCUCUCCAGCUCAGUGCAAUGUCCACGCUGAGACCCAAGGACGGCGUUUAUGUGAGGGUGGUGGCGCGCUAACAUACAGACGAUACACGUGCGACUAAAAACUCAUGUCUGGGGCAAAUUCCCACCAGAUGCAGGACCUGAGUCUCUUGGUGAUUUGUGCUGCGAUUUAUUGCCCCUCUGAGAUGGAAUAUCCCAUUGGAUGGAACAAUUAAGCAGAUACUUGUCCUUUAAUAGGUAAAACCCACCAUCAUUGGAGUGUCUCUUCCACUAUAAAUAAAUGGAAUCAGGUCUUAACCACG